CGUCUUGUCUUGUCUCGCGGCACGUUAUACGGUGGUGUAUUACGUCGUGGCGUUUCAUCUAGCAUGUUGUACGGUGGCGUCCCGUGUUGCGGCAUCAUUACAUCGUGUUUUACGGCGUUCUGUGGCGGUGCGGCAUUUCGUGUAGCGUCAGUGUUGUGCAGCGGUGUUCAAGUCUUCAGGUGUUCUAGUGGCAAUAUCUCAUUGCGGCGUCGUCCCGUCGAUGCUGCAGCGUUACGUUGCGGCGGCAUCCGGCGCAUACAGUGGCAUCCCAUCGGUGCGGCGCAUCUGGCACUUCAAGUGGCAACUUCUUUUUGCGGCGGCGUCCCGUCGAUACUGUGGCAAUCCCAUAUUGCGACAGCAUCCGGCGCAUAUAGCAGUAACUUCGUAUUACGACGGCGUCCCGGUAGUGCGGUGGCAAUCCUAUAUUGUGGUGGCGUUCCGGCACUUGUCUUUACGUUCCACGGUGCUGCGGCGACCUCUUGUCCCAGCAGCAUCCGAAGCUUCUUGCGGCAUCUUCAUGGUGUCAUAUCAUCCUCGUGCUACGGUGUUCCGGCGGUACGGUGGUGUCCUUGCGCUAUGUUGGUGUCCCUGCGUUACGUUGGCAUCCUUGCUUCGUACUACGUUUUGCUAUCGUAUGAUGUAAUGAGCUGUUUAUCUUUAUCCUGGUGCGUUGGACGGUUAUGUCACGUGAUACGGUCGUUGUUCCGUCCUAAAUCUGUGGGGCAAAUCAUUGACUCAGUUCCA